AUGGCGGAGAGAAUGGCCGGAGAGAAGAGAUGCACACCUAAAAUGGUGGAGAUCAUGCGGCCCCCAGGCAACCACGAGGCCCAGCUCGUCUCCGGGUCCAACCUGGACCGCAUAUUCAUGGACUUUUGGCUUAAACUCAAGCAAAUACUGCAACAAAGCGACUCUCGCCCACCCAGCUCAAGCCACCCACCUCGACAGCCGCCACCUGACCCUCAGCAAUGGAAAGCUGCACCGGGGGGACAUAAAACCAAAAAAUGGCAGCGGAGUAGUAG